CCUCCAAGCAGCAUCAACCAACUCACAAUCUCGGUCCUCGUCAACCAGUUCCAUCGACUCAAUCAGCAGCAGAGAAGCCUCGUCCUACUCUGCACUGACAAACUCCUUUGCAUCGCUAGGCCAACUAUCCGGCAGCCCGAAACGAGCAACCUGAACCCACCACCAAAACCAUGCAACGACCAAAAUGUGUCGUCAAUAACUACACACCUUUGACCCCUCAUACACAAACACACCCACACAACCCAUUAUCUCCUAGAACGUCCUCGCCCUCGCACUCGCACUCGCACUCGUACCGCGGAUGGUGCUCUGCGAAGCCUCCAGCACAGCCCCCCGCACACCUCAUCCCGCCCGCAAAACCCUCGAUUGUUCCAGGCGUGAAGGACACGCGACACGUGCCGACCACUUUACUUCAACGGCAACGCGGCCGGAAAGAGCGGGGCAGGGGAAAACGUCGAUGCACAACAUACUUCUCGAUGCCGCGCACAUAUCCAAUUCCCGCGUCCACCCAAACACACCACGCGCGCCACCUACCGCCGCACACAAGCACGCGUUUUCUUCCAUCGCCGAUAGCAAGGCAUUUCACAUCGUCGAUGUCGGACACGAAAUUCCCCAUCUUCUGUAACAUCGGGUUUUGCGAGGGAUGGGAUGGGAUGGAAGGUGCGUGCGCGUGUCUGUAUGUUGAUGUGCUGCGAUGCGAUGUUGCUGCACGGCGAUUAUUGGAUGGAUGGAUGGAGGGAAGGAUUCAUUAUGUUGUUCUACUGUAUUUGACAUGGGACUGUUUUCGGUAUAGCAAGCACAAAAGCGCGGUGUUAUCGGGCGUUGUCGUGUAGCAUUUUGAGCGAUGGAUUUUCAUCAUAUUCCAUUUAUUCAUCCAAUUCACAUUCAGAUUUGUUGUUUACUGCAUACGAGUUCAUGUGUGUGUCUGUGUCUGUGUCUGUGUCUGUGUCUGUACAUGUGUAUUAUAAUUCUCAUCGCAUGUAUAAGCACGAUCUGGUGGCGAAUAUACGA